CCAGGGGGCGUAGGUUUGACCGGCUUCGCGGAGGCUCAGACACAAUGAACCGUCAGAUGGUGAGGGGUACGCAUGGUAAGCCGAAAGUAUUAGCACGGUUUUAGAACAUUAUUUUUCUCAUCUGUGCCUUUUCUUUGAUGAAUUUAAUCAAUUUCAAAAUACUGAUACGCUAUAUGGCGGUAACAAGGCUCAGCUGGAAACGGUUGGUUCGUCGAGUUUGGUGAAAACGAGGUCAGGCUCAGACUACCGUUAAGUUAGCCCCUCCUGGCGGAUUUUGUUUCGUUAUUUUUUCUAGAUAAAGACCACAAAACAAGGCAGAUAACAAUGUCGUUGACUGCUUCGUCUGAUUACUUCGCUGCCGAGUGUCUGGUGUCGAUAUCCAGCGGUCCUGUCCUGCACAGACCCACCCCAGUCGCCCCUGCCACCCAGUCGGCCACGGUGGGCCCUCCCGGAGACCCCGACGGGUCGAGUGAGGACAGGGAAGUGCGGGAGACACUGAGGCUGGAGGGGGCGAACAUGAUGGCGGUGGCCGGUAUCCUCACCGACCUGCACGGCAAGUUCCGCCCCAUGUCGGCCUACUCUGAGAGCAGCAACUCCUCGUGUGGUGGGGAGAGCGGUUACACCACGUUGUCCGACCCGACCACCCCUACCAUGACGCCCUCCGCCACCCCGGUCCCCGGACAACAGCAGCUGAGGGGGGGAGGAGGGGGCGUGGGGGCCCCGCGGUCCCCGGUGAAGCGACAUCAGUGCACUUUUGACGGUUGCGACAGAGUUUACGGGAAAUCGUCCCACCUGAAGGCACACAUCCGGACACACACAGGUGAAAGGCCCUUCCCAUGCACCUGGCCUGACUGUGAGAAGAAGUUUGCCCGCUCUGAUGAGCUCGCCCGCCACACCCGCACCCACACAGGGGAAAAGCGCUUCCUGUGUCCACUGUGCGAUAAGCGCUUCAUGCGCAGCGACCACCUGAUCAAGCACGCCCGCCGCCAUCCUGACUUCCAGCCCUCAAUGUUGGGCCGCUACAAGGGCACGUCCACCACUCCCAGUCCAGCCGUGCACCAUUAGGAUGGUUUGGGUUGGGGGGGUUUCCUGGCAGGAGCACAGAAGGUCACAGUGGUUUCAAGUUAACCAGCUACAGUCAGAGCCACUGAUUAGGAUUUAGCAUUGCUGUGUUGUACUCCAAAAUGUGCACAUAAUAACACAUACAUACAUACAACACAAUCCGCACAGAGUUGGCUGUGAGGGGGGGGAGCAGCUUCAUCCCUCCAUCAACACAGAUGAGUCGUGACCACUAUCCACCUACUCGACAUAACUAGGGUUGGUAGAACACUCCAAAUCUAUAAGUGGGGAUUCGUUAAGAAAUGUGCUUUUCGAUUCCAUUUAUCGUUUCCUGAAAGCAAAGUUUGGACCUACUGCACUUCAUUUACAUUGCCGGUUACACAUGUAUCGAAGUAUGUGUAUAAUGUUUACAAUAUGACGGACUGGAGCUAGCUUUCACAAGUUUAGCUAUGCUUCACAGAAGACAGUAAUGAUGCAGUGAAAUGUAAUCACUGCAUGAAAAUAAAUACAUGCAAGGAAAGAAAAUCAGUCUAAUGUGACAACACACUUCAGAAUGUAAAAGAAUGCAUUUUUUUAAUGUCCUGUAUCAUGACAUAGUGCCAUUAAAUGACACUUUUUAUAGAUCAAAUAACCAGAUAGGAUUGUCUGUUUUUGGUUAAUCCACUCAAUUAAAUACAGGGCUAAUCAAGGUACUUCAUCACAUUGAUGCAAGAUUCUGUAAAACAAUUAUGUCAUAAAAUAGACCCAGCCUUUAAUGCUUUUGAAAGCAUAAUCAAAUGUAAAACCAUUCAACUUUAACAUAGCACAAGAGAGAAUAUUUAUUUUUCUUUUGUUUUUAAUCCCCAAAAAAUUCUUCGACGCAGCCUAAAGCUUAAAUAAAUAAAUGUUUUUUACUUUAAACAUACUUUGGUUUCUUUUUUUUUACUCAGGAUUCGAUUAGAAUGGGAAUCGUUAAGCAGAUUUGAAUGGAUAAAAUGAACCCAACCCUAAACAAUAACCUCAUUUUCUCAGACACUUUCACAAAUUGCAGGGAUUUUUCACAUUUUCUGUAAAAAUCUGCACAUUCGUCAUCAGCCAAAACUCUGGUUUCUUGUGGUUAAUUUGUAGAUUGUUGUUGUGCUCUUCAGUACCAUUUAUUUACCAUAAGUAGCACAAAAUUGUGAUGUUUGGUAGCGAGGCAGUGACUAGAAGCCUUUUAAGCUUUUUUUUUUUUUUUUAUAGCUUUGCUGACUCCAUAUAAGUUUUAGUGGUGACACAUUCCUUCAUUUUUAUUGCAUUGGUAACCAUCAUUGAGGUGAUUUUGUAAUGUUUUCUUUAUAUCCAGUUUAACUAUAUAUCAAAUAUUGAUUUUGCCAGUAAGUGGAUCAAGCUUCACUGUAGAAGAGCUGUUUGCACACCAUCCUUAAGUCUAGAUCAGUUAUCCCCCAUAAAUGCUGACACAUAAUACACAGUACUCGUAUUAUGUCUAAUACUGAUGCAAAUGUAUAGAAGCUUUUAAUGUAGAUAAAUGGUAAUGCUACUAGCUGCAGAAUUAAUAAAUGUCAUGAAUUUUAGUCCUUAUAUUAGGGGUAACAGUAUAUUCUUGAUAGGUUAGCAUUGCCUAUAAGUGUCGGUGUGUAUGUGUUUUUAUUUACAUUUUUGUUAGCGACAGAACUGGGGAAAGUAUGCGAUAUAAAAAUAUUUUGAGAGGUAAAAAAAAGAUGGCAUGAGAUGAGCUUGACUUUCAGCCUGUUGCCUUCAAAGUAAAAGCGUUCAUCCCACUCAUCGGGGGGGGUGGAGCCAUACGGCAGAGCGCAUUUCAGGAUCAGGUGUGCCAGGUGUUUCUGUAGACGGUUUGACUUUCAGCAGCAGAUAAACCAGGUCUCUAACAUGUAGUGUUGAAAAGAAAAUCCGUUGUGUGUGUGUGUGUGUGUGUGUGUGUGUGUGUGUGUGUGUGUGUGUGUGUGUGUGUGUGUGUGUGUGUGUGUGUGUGUGUGUGUGUGUGUGUGUGUGUGUGUGUGUGUGUGUGUGUGUGUGUGUGUGUGUGUGUGUGUGUGUGUGUGGGGAAUUGGUCUAAAAACAACUGCUACUACUCUGCUCCCAUUCAGGAAAGCUUUAGACCUUUAUUGAGGUGCACAUUUUGACUUGUCAAAGCAGCAACAGCACAGGUGCAAGUUGAGUUAAAGAUGGCUAUUUUCUAUGAGGUUGGUGUCAUUGAACCAGCAGGCACUUGUAAAUGUUAUUUGUUACACUUGUGUUUGACAAGUCAACAUGUCCACUGGUAAAGAAACAAUACUAUGUACAAAUGUGGAUUUGUUAAGAACCUGUUAUGUCAAUGGGCACCUAAAUAUUCCUAUAUGCCAAAAUAAGUGAAUAAUCCCCAUGCAUUUCAGGAAAAAUAUACAUGAGGAAGCCUCGAGUAAUUUAGAUAUUUCAAAUCUAUUUGAGUACAUACAGUAUCCAGGUCUGAUAAUAGAGGUAGAAUCUUUUUUUAUUUUUUAUUUUUAAUGUUUCCACACUGUUUGUCCAGCUCAUGGACAUAUUCUUUAUCUCAGUGAACAACACUUAAAGCCUUAAACUAUGUCAUAUCUACUUUGCACCAUGUUUACAGUUGGAUCAUUGUAUAGGUAUAUGUGCCCUCCUGUGGGCUCAUCACAGAUACUCCUCAUGCAAUAUGGCACUUUUUUCUUACAGGUGUAUAUGGCUGAAUAGUGUAAUGGCUUGCACUGUAUAUGCUUCUACAAGCAAGCACUGUGGAACUUGUUGAUAACCAGUGGUUUGUAAUACUGCCUUUUUGUCCAAGUGCUUUAGAAAGCGUGAUACAAGAAGUGGGUAGUUUUGUUUCUGUUCUUUUUUUUUUUUUUAAGUGUUUGCUUAGUCAUCCAGACCCUUUCUUGUUGUAGAAUUUGUAUUUUUGGAACACGCUUCAUUGGUGAUUCCACAUCUGUCGACUUUGUCUUCUUCACACUAAGAUUACAGAUGUCUUCCUUAUACAUAUGUCAAACCAUCUAUGUACCAAUUCACUGUUGAUCUCAUUUCCAUGGGAGCUGCACUCAUUAAUGCAAUGCUUUGAAGUUUUUUACACAUUCCUUCUACAGAAGUUCGAUCUGUUGACAGUUUGGUUUCUGCUGGCAGUAACCACAAACACAUGGACUGUUUAACAAAGGAACACACACAAUAUACUUGUAUUUUAUGUCUAUAAAUGGAACCAUUUACUUACCUCUCACUGAUGGGAGUGGCCUCUCACACUGACUCUGUCCGGGUCUCAAAGCUAUAAUAUCACAAUAAGAACAUACCUAACUGAUUUUGUCUUUUAUCGGUGUCUUUCCAAAAUCCAUCCAACCUGUCUUUCAGAAAGUCCCAUAAAGCCAUCCAGCCUUGGAUUUCAGAAAUUAGUUAUCAGCUAGAUGACCUGUUAUGUACCCUUGUCCUUAUCUUGUCUUUAUAUGCAACAUCACUACUACCUGUGUAGCAGCAGAAUUUCCUUUUCCAUGCCUCAAUGAUCUUCUGUUGUUAAUAGACCGUAGCAAAUGAAUCUCUGGGAUAAAUCCAGGCUCUGUCAUUAAAGCCCAGCAGGAGUGAAGAGAGACUCACUGCUGCCUCAGGCAGAGGCUUAAAAGGGGUAUUAAAAUGUAAAGAAAAAUGACCUGUAGACUGUCACUUCACUGCAGAUUUCAAUUAAAAGAGCUCAGUCCAAA